CACGCACAGGCUCCGGUCUUCCAAAGUCUUUCUUGUCAUUUUCGUUUGGUCUUUUCAACACUUUGUUUCUUGAUCUUUCUGUUACUCUUUCAUUUCCUUCAUCUUGAUCGAGUCCUCUGGCUUGGGUAGUCCUCAGGAUUAAGAGAUGGACAGCCAAGAUCAUAGGAAGAAUCAUACAACUGGGCAUGAGAGUCAUGUUGCUCACGUUUGUCCCAAUUGUGGUUGGCCCUUCCCAAACCCUCAUCCAAGCGCGAAACUCAGACGAGCUCACAAGAAGGUCUGCGGGACUCUUGAAGGGUAUAAACUGACCGACGCAGAACACAAGGCCCAAUUAGAUGUUGCCGGUGAAGACCAACUCUCAGAUGAAGAUCAAAAGGCAUCUGAGAAUUCAGAACUGGGAGAAUUAAAGAGCAAUGAGAAUGGGAAGAAUGGUAUUCUUAAAUCAAAGUCGAGCAGAUCCGAAGAGGAAGUGUUCCCUGAUGCUGUUGCGGAAUUGGGGGAUACUGUGACUAAUCCCACAAUUGAGACUGUUGUAUCCAAGGGUAUUCAAAACGCAGACGUAAAUGUGAAUGCAAAUAUUAUUCAAGAACCAGAACAUCCAAUGCAGGUCAGCCAACUACAAAACCCCCAAGAUUUGAAAAGUUCAGUGGAUAACUUGAAGAAUAAUGUACAGUUCCAGGAUGACACCUCAAGCUCUACCAACGGUUCAGUCUUGGCUUCUUCGGAUAAGAAAACCAAAGCAUUAGCUGUUGAUGCAACCGAAGGUAGACCUGAUGCUGCUAAUUUGAUUUCAGAUGUCAAACUGGUUUUAGCAUUAGCUGUUGAUUCAACUGAAGGUAGAGAUGAUUCUGCUAAUUUGAUUUUGGAUGUCAAACCUGAAGAACUGGUUAAUGUGAUUCCCAAGAUUACAAAUACCCAGCCUGGUGAUGAUUUGACAGACAGAUCUAUGAAGCACUCUGGGCAAAGUUCCGAAGGACAGCAGCAUGGAAAUAGUGAUGCAGAUGGACACUUACCACCUAUGGUAUUAUCACCUAGUAAACCUGUGAGUGUGAUGGUAUCUGGGAUAGAUUCCAAGUUAGAACAAAUGAAUGAACUUGGAGUAACCACUGAUUUCAGUACAACAAGAACAAAUGAUUCUGUUCCGGUUGAUAAACUUGUGGACUCAAAGGAAGAGCAGUCUAAUUUCUCAGAAUCAAUCACGAUCGAAAUGGAUUCAUCCUCUAAUUUUUCUUCAGGGGCCAAGGAAGUUGUAGACAUUGAACAGACAAGUACUUUUACUAACAGGGGAAGUGAUGCUUCUGGGCAAGAAGUAGAUAUAGUGUAUCCCGGUGAGACUGUUGAUGGUCACAAUAUGAAAGCAGAACCAAAUGAAAAGGUAGCUGCACAUUCAAUACCUACUGUUAUACCUGUAGAAAGCCUUUCUGAGAUAAAAAAUAAAGAUCGUAUAGAUCAUGGACAAGGGACAACAGAUGCCCAUGAUGAAGUAAUAAAAGAGAUGGUAGAUCAUCCUAAAAGUCUUACUGCUGUUGCAGAUGACUCAAGUUUCCUGCGCAGUGAGUCAGAUGAAGGUGAUGUCUGUUCAGCUCAGCCAGUCCUUGAAGACCAUCAGAAGCAAGGGACAGUGAGUAAAAGUAUUGUUGAACAAAUGUGCAUUGAUAAAACCGAUACUUCUGAAUGCAAGGUUGAAACGAGCCCCGAUGAUGGGUCAAAUGGAUCAGAAGUCCUUCCAGAUGCUCUAAGCAGUGAUAAGACUUGUACUCAUGGAGAUCAAAGUCAAAUGGUAUACUCUACUGAAAAGCAGGAAAUUCUUCCAGAAAGACUGAUCUAUGGAACAGGUGGUGCUGCCAUGGUUUCUCCAGCUGAAAAUGAAGUUGAUGGAGCAAGUGAUGCUAUUAGCAGCAGUAAUUUUCCAGAGAAUGCUACAAUUAGCACAGCCGAUGGGUCAGAUGGAUCAGGAGCCAAUCCAGAUGCUCUAGGCAGUGAUAUAACAUUUACACAUACAGGGCUAACUCAAAUAGUUCGCUCUAUUGAAAAGCACGGAUCUUAUGAUUCUCACCAUGAUUUAUCAUGGGAAAUCCCUCCAGAAAAGCCUACGGUGAUUCAAGAAACUGGUAUAGCUUCCAUGGUUUCUCCAGCUGAUACUGAAGUUGAUGAAGCAAACAAUGCCUUCAGCAAUAGUGAGUUUCCAGAGAAUGCUACAAUUAGCACAGGCAAUAGGUCAAAUGGAUUGGAAGCCCUUCCAGAUUCUGAGAUUCUUCAAGAAAAGCCUACAGUUAUUCCUGAAUCAGGUCCGGAUGCCAUGGUUUCUCCAGCACACUUUAAAGUUGAUGGAGCAAGCCAUCCUUUUAGCAGCAGUGAUGAUUUUCCAGAGAAGGCUAGAACUGAUAAUUCCAAUUUAGCUGGGAAGUAUGUUGCCGAAGGAGUUGCAGAGGUAAUUGGUGCAACAAACUUAAUGAUUGCCCCUAAAUUUGCUGCUGAGCUCUCCAAUACAGAGCCUCAUCUCAAUACACCUGUGAUUCGUGAAUCUGACAAGAAUGUACUGAUUUGUGAACCUACAACUCCAGAUUCAAUUUUAAGUGAACUAUUUAUAGCGAAGUAA